AUGUUCUCAUUCAAAGGCGAUAAAUGUCAUGGUGGAAAAAACAGCAAACUUCGCUUAGCAGUGUUGCUAGGAACACACUGUACCGGGAUAUACAAACUUAGGCUACUCAUCAUUGGAAAAUAUAGAAAACCACGAUGUUUUAAAAACGUCAAUAAUUUACCAGCAGAGUACACGUCAAACACUAAGGCCUGGAUGACCUGUGAUACUUUUAACAAUUGGCUUAGAAGUCUUGACAAAGAGAUGAAGAAAAAAAAGGAGAAAAUUCUCAUGUUCAUCGAUAAUUAUACUGCACAUGGAGCCAUUCCUAACUUGAUAAACAUAAAAAUAAAAUACUUGCCUGCAAAUAACACUCCGAAACUUCAACCAAUAGACCAAGACAUCAUUCAAAGCUUCAACGUGCACUACAGGAAGGAAGUUGUCAGACAGUUUCUUUCUGAUACUGAACACCAAACGCCAACCACAAUUGACGUCUUAAAAGCGGUGUGGAUAAUCGUCAAAGCCUGGGAUCAAGUCAGUGAAGAAACCAUCACAAACUGCUUCAAGAAGAUCGUCUGUGGAGAAUUCACUGAUGAUGAAAUUGUCACAUCUGUAUCACCAGGUCCUAAUGAAGAAGCGGAAGAAUGCGAGGAGGAGGAGAGUCAAAUUAAGCAACGUGAUUUUACUACAGAAGACGCUCGUAGUUUGAGCGACAGUGUAGUCACAUCCAUUACGGAAUUGGAUAGUAAGCAGACCACAAUUUGGGACUUUUUCUCUAAUGGAGAUAAACAAAAUGAAGAUUAA